AUGUCGUCCCCGGCAUCCUCCCCGUGCCCCACUGCCCUAUCCCUAAGCCCCCGUGAGCACCUUCCCUCUUCCCUCCCCGUCCCCGUCGUGCGUAGUCACCGCACUCACCACGCCGCCGUCCCGCCACAGCCCGUCGUCCUGCGCCAGUCCCCGCGGCCUCGCGCGGCCCCACGACCCACACGCGCGCACCUCCUUGCUCUGCCUGCUGCCCCGCCGUGCUCCCUGCAGCCUUGCCGAGCCCGCUGCUCUGCCUCCGUCGCCACGGUCCUGCUCCGCCUGCUCGCGCCGGCCGGCUCCCCGCCGCCGUGCUGGCCAUCCUUCGCCCGCCCCGCUCUCCGGCGUCAUAUUUCCAACACGCACGUCGUCCCCGGCAUCCUCCCCGUGCCCCACUGCCCUAUCCCUACGGCCCCCGUGAGCACCUUCCCUCUUCCCUCCCCGUCCCCGUCGUGCGUAGUCACCGCACUCACCACGCCACCGUCCCGCCACAGCCCGCCGUCCUGCGCCAGUCCCCGCGGCCUCGCGCGGCCCCACGACCCACGCGCGCGCACCUCCUUGCUCUGCCUGCUGCCCCGCCGUGCUCCCCGCAGCCUUGCCGAGACCGCUGCUCUGCCUCCGUCGCCACGGCCCUGCUCCGCCUGCUCGCGCCACCCGGCUCCCCGCCGCCGUGCUGGCCAUCCUUCGCCCGCCCCGCUCUCCGGCGUCUGGCCGCGUCGGCUGCGCCCACCGCGGCCUCGCCCUCCUGGCCUCGCGCGGCCCCGCUCCCGCGCCGUUGCGCCCUGCUGGUCCUCCCCCCCGCUCUCCCUCGCCGACUCCCUGCGCCCGCCCCGCUCUCCCUCGCCGACUCCCUGUGCCCGCCCCGCCCAGCAGCCAUGGCCGGCCGGUCAUAUUUCCAACACGCACGUCGUCCCCGGCAUCCUCCCCGUGCCCCACUGCCCUAUCCCUACGGCCCCCGUGAGCACCUUCCCUCUUCCCUCCCCGUCCCCGUCGUGCGUAGUCACCGCACUCACCACGCCACCGUCCCGCCACAGCCCGCCGUCCUGCGCCAGUCCCCGCGGCCUCGCGCGGCCCCACGACCCACGCGCGCGCACCUCCUUGCUCUGCCUGCUGCCCCGCCGUGCUCCCCGCAGCCUUGCCGAGACCGCUGCUCUGCCUCCGUCGCCACGGCCCUGCUCCGCCUGCUCGCGCCACCCGGCUCCCCGCCGCCGUGCUGGCCAUCCUUCGCCCGCCCCGCUCUCCGGCGUCUGGCCGCGUCGGCUGCGCCCACCGCGGCCUCGCCCUCCUGGCCUCGCGCGGCCCCGCUCCCGCGCCGUUGCGCCCUGCUGGUCCUCCCCCCCGCUCUCCCUCGCCGACUCCCUGCGCCCGCCCCGCUCUCCCUCGCCGACUCCCUGUGCCCGCCCCGCCCAGCAGCCAUGGCCGGCCGGUGCGCAGCGCUGCCGAGCGCACCCCCAACCCCUGCACCCCGCCGGCCGUCACCCCGCGCCUGUUCGCCGGUGCCCCGGCCCUCCUCGCCCCGGCGAUCUGGGCAAACGCUCAGUCGGGCACCGCAACGCCCGACCCGCCCCGUUAGUGCCCAACGCCCGAUAG